UAAUAAUGACUGUGUUAUUGGUCAUUGAAUUCAGGUGUUGUUUUUCAGGGGUUGGGCUCGGCCCCUUAGUUCCAGUGAAAGGAACUCUUAAUGCUUCAGCUUCAUACCAAGACAUUUUGGACAAUUUCAUGCUUUGUGGGAACAGUUUGGGGAUGACCCCUUCCUGUUCCAACAUAACCGCACACCAGUGGACAAAGCAAGGUCCAUAAAGACAUGGAUGAGUGAGUUUGGUGUGGAGGAACUUGACUGGCCUGCACAGAGUCCUGACCUCAACCCCAUAGAACACCUUUGGGAUGAAUUAGAGUGGAGACUGCGAGACAGACCUUCUCAUCCAACAUCAGUGCCUGACCUCACAAAUGUGCUUCUAGAGGAAUGGUCAAAAAUUCCCAUAAACCUUGUGGAAAGCCUUCCCAGAAGAGUUGAAGCUGUUAUAGCUGCAAAGGGCGGGACAACUCCAUAUUACAUUCAUGUGCAUGUUAAUACAGAUGUCCCAAAACCUUUGGCAAUAUAGUGUAUAUACAACUUUUUUGCUCUAGUAGUUGUAUUAACUUAAAAAAGAAUGCAAAAUAGAAACUCCGGAAAUACUUCCACCUUGAGCAAGGAAAAUCCAGACCAGAUAUUUAUCCCAUACCUGUGUACUUCAGCCCAGUUUGGAAAAGACACCUCGGCAAUUGUGUGCUUCAUCAUGCUGCGAUCACCCCACAGUCUUGUCAUCUUGAAAUUACUGCAAUCAAAGCUUCCGUCUGUUCUAAUAAGAUGUAAUUACCAGUCAGAAGAUGGUGUGCCAAGACUGAAACAGAACCAGCAUGGCCAAGUGCUGUUAACGCUUCAUCCACUGCCCAUGGACUGAUGCCCAUGUUGGAUCAAAAACAACUACUGCUACAUGCUGUAAGCUAGCACAUGCGUGUGGACAGAUAAAAGGAUCGUUCUUGGUCUGGUGACAGAGCUUCGUUCUGGGUCUGGGGAAAGAGUCACAUUUAUAGGUCACAAAUAAAAUGUUUUCUGUGCAAUUUUUCAGUUUCCUUCCACUUCUCCAAAACAUGCUCAUGAGUGGAUUGUCUAAUUGGCCAAACAUGUGAAGGAGUGUGUGACUGAUGCCUUGAGAUUGACAGGCAUCUCAUUCAGGUCUCCCAGUGUUCCCAGGAUAUACUCAGUGUCCACUUCCUCCUUCACCAAGACAAAGUUUAAGAUCCAUCCAACCACUUAUCCUACACCAGAUUGCAAGGAACCUGGAGCCUAUCCAAGGGUGGACACCCUAGACAAAGACCAACCCAUUGCAUGGCACAAUUACACACACUGGAUCUUAAGUUCAACACCUUAACCUCCGCCUUCAUCCUGGUGUCCUCCCAUAGUGCUGUUUCUCCUAGGAAAUUUUCUGCUGAAUGAGUCCUACGUGCUUUUACUAGCGAAUCCUGGAUACAGGUUUAUGGAAGAACUCCAUUAGGUUCUCUGAGGGUUUCCUUCAAGGAAUAGCUGGUCCUGGUUUAAAUGGUGACAUUGACAGGCAUCACAUCUGGGAUGUAUGCCAGUCUCAUGCCCAGUGUUCCUGGGAUAGACUCCUGAUACACUUCUACCUUGACCGAAGCAAAGUGCUUCCUAUAAAUCCAUCCAGCCACUUAUCCUACAAUAGGUUGAGGGGAACCUGGAGCCUAUCCCAGAGGGGCACCUUAAACAAGGGCCAACCCAUUGCAUGGCACAAUUACACAAACACCCAUUGAAUCCAACGCUUAGUCAUCCUGGUGUCCUCCUAUAGCGCUGUUUCUCGUAGGAAACUUUCUGCUGAACAUGUUCUACCUGCCUUUACUACUGAAUCCUGAAUGCAGGUUUAUGGAAGAACUCCAUUAGGUUCUGUAAAGGGUUUCCUCCAAGGAAUAGCUGGUCCUAGUUUGAAUGGUGACAUUAACAGGCAUCACAUCUGGGAUGUAUGCCAGUCUCAUGCCCAGUGUUCCUGGGAUAGACUUCUGAUACACUUCCACUCUACAUAAUUCCUGAUGGUUUCUAUUAGGAAGUUACCAGUCACACUGCUAAAAAAAAAAAAAACACACUGGUAAGUGGAUUGUCUAAUUGGUCGUACAUGUGAAGGAGCAUGAGGUAUAUUCCCAUCUCAUACCCAGUGUAUCCUGGGAUAGACUCCUGAUCCACUUCCUCCUUGACCGAGGCAAAGUGCUUCCUAUAGAUCCAUCCAGUCACUUAUCCUACAGUAGGUUGAGGGGAACUCAUACCUCAUCCCUGGAGCCUAUCCCAGAGGGGCACCUUAGAUGAGGGCCAACCCACUGCAUGGCACAAUUACACAAGCACCCAUUGGAUCUUAAGUCCAAUGCUUAGUUCCUGCUGUCCACCCAUAGUUUUGUUUCUAAUAGGAAAGGAAGGAUGUAUGCCGGUCUCAUGCCCAGUGUAGAUAGACUCCGGAACCACUUCCAAUUUGACCAAGGCAAAGUACUAAAGAUCCAUGAAGGAACACACUAGACAAGGGCCAACUCUUUGCAUAGCACAAUUACACAAACACCUAUUAUGGUCAAUUUAGAGAUGCUAGUCACUCUACAACACAUGUUUUUGGACUGGGGAAGAAACACAAGGGUGUCUGUGCAAAUUCCACACACACAGUGGCAGGAAUUGAUCCACCAACCCCAGAACAUCAAGGUAACCCUGAUAGCCACUAAACCUCCCACUUACCAAAGUGAGUGCCGCAUGCAGCCAAGAAUAUCCCAACCAGAUAUUUAUCCCACACCUGCACACUUCAGCCCAGUUUGGAAAAGGCACCUCAGUGACUGAAUUCACAGCUGCAAUUUCAUCUGUUCACAUAUUUCACACAUAAUCAUGUGUGACAUCAUGGAAACAGGUUUAUUACUCCAGUGCUCUCCUUUUCUCUAAAUACCGAUUCAAACAAUCCUCUAAUGUAGUGUAAUAUUCUGAGUGCACUUUAUUAGGGCAAUGUGUGAUGUGGAACAGAGCCAGAAAGUGUGUGUGUGUGUGAGAGAGAGAGAGAGAGAGAGAGAGAAAGAGAGAGAGAGAGAGCUAGUGUGUGUGUGUGUGUGUGUGUGUGUGUGUGCACGUGUCUCGCUCCUAUCCUCAGUUGCAGUCUCUCCUGCAGGAUGCGCUCUUCUGAGUGUGGAAAUCUGUCCGAUCUCCGUGACUCAGACUAAAUUCUAUUGCUUUAGAGAACAUGAAGGUGUCUUGAUUGGAUUCUGGUGGAUUAUUUUGGGUAAUUACUUUAACACCACCUGGAUAUCAGGGGACGGUUAUGGCCAGUUUGCACAUGAACGCGUUAUAUCUGUGGAUACUCGGCUCUUUUUGGAGAACUGUUCUGCAGGUGGAGGCAAUUCACCCGGAUUGCGCCAUCAUCUCCCAGCACAUGAAGGCUCAGGAGCUGUGCAGUCAGAUCAAGAGGAAAGAGAGCAAGAACCAGACAGAAGCACAGGGCUGCAAGACGGAAUGGGACGAGAUCCGCUGCUGGCUCAGAGCCGACGUCGGCCAGGUGGUUAACGUGUCCUGUUCGGAAGUUUUCCAGCACUUUUCCAGCAAGCAAGGUUACAUCUACAGGAACUGCACAGCAGAAGGCUGGAGUGACUUGGACCCUCCUUAUGAGAAUGCCUGUGAGUUAGGAAAUGUCACAGAGCCUGAAUCUAAGACAACCUACUUCUCAACAUUUAAGCAGGUGUACACAGCAGGGUACGCCACAUCUCUGAUAUCUCUCAUAACAGCUAUUUUAGUCUUCACUGUCUUCAGGAAGUUCCACUGUACCAGAAACUACAUACACAUCAAUCUCUUUUCCUCCUUCAUUCUCCGAGCCAGUGCCGUCUUCAUCAAAGAUGCGGUUCUUUUCUCAGACGAGUCUCUGGAUCACUGCUUCAUGUCCACAGUGGCGUGUAAAUCUGCUGUAGCUUUCUUCCAGUUCAGCAUCCUGGCUAAUUACUUCUGGUUGCUGGUGGAGGGCAUGUACCUGCAGACGCUGCUGGCUCUCACCUUCGUCUCGCAGAGGAAGUACUUCUGGUGGUACAUUCUGACUGGAUGGGGUGUACCAUCAGUGGUCCUUAUAGUUUGGGUUUUGGCCCGAAGUUUCUAUGACAACAGCGGAUGCUGGGAUGACACGGAGAACGUCAGCGUGUGGUGGAUAAUCAAAGGUCCAAUAACAGCGUCGUUGUUUGCCAACAUCAUCAUCUUCCUAAACGUGAUCCGGAUCCUGGUGGAGAAGCUCAAGUUUCCCGGAGUAGGAGGCAAUGACACCGGUCAUUUCAUGAGGUUGGCUAAAUCCACUUUGUUCUUGAUCCCUCUGUUUGGGAUGCACUACACCGUGUUCGCCUUCUUGCCAGAGAACACUGGAGAAACGGCAAGACUCUACAUCGAGCUCGGCCUCGGCUCCUUCCAGGGUUUUGUGGUUUCUCUGCUGUACUGCUUCCUUAAUGGAGAGGUGCAGGCUGAGCUAAAGAGGAUCUUGUGGAAAUGGCAGACCCAGAAUCAGCUCAGCCCUGGCAAAAAGCGCCGCAUCACCGUCACUCAGAUCAGUGUCCUGGAUAGGGCCGAACCUCAGUCGCAUUCCACUUCCACUAAAGUCACGUCCUUGUGAACGUCGGAGACGGGAAGCGGAAACGGGAAUAACGUCACGUCUUCAGAGGGACACGAGAUGCAGAGCGGAUCUCGAGGAAGCGCUAAGGAUCUGUGAGCGGAGAUUAAACCAUCGAAAUGCAGGAUGGGUUCGAACAUCCAGACGACAACCGAAAACGUGGGUGACCUACUUCUAAAAAAAGAGGCUAUUCCCAGAAGGAAUUGCUUCGAAUGCUCCAUUAGACAUAAUAGCUGUAUGCAUAAUAGCUGUGAUUAACAUUCUGAGCUCAGCAUCCAACGCUGAGGAUUCAUGAGCUCAGGCUAGAGCGCCGUUAUUCGGUUCAGAUAAACGUUCCCUUCUUCUUCUUCAUCUUCACGUUCAGGUCUGAAGCACCUCAUUACUGUGAAGCACAGAUUCCUGUUGUUGAGUCUCACUGGGGAUUAAUCUUCUAUUUGGCAACUUUCCGUACGGGCGAGUUUUCCUUACGGGAUACGACUGAAACAAACCUCAUGUGUCUCAUCAAAUAUACAUGUUGUACGUGGAAAUAUUAACCUUUAUGUUCAGACAUGAAUAAAAGAAGAAAUAAAUCUAAUGAAUAAUUGUGAGCAUGUGUCCUUUAACCUGUUAUUUAGAGUUAGCUACUGCGUAUUACUCAUUAAUUACUCGAUAAUAACAAGACGUCUCACUUAACGUAACUGUUUACAUGUUUUUGAGGCGAUUUUUUUGGAAGGAGUCUCUGUGAUGGAGGAGUUUAUGCUUCUGGUCUUGAAAAGAAAGAGAAAACAAGAGAGAUCAGCGGGAAAAGAGGCUUGAUAACAGGAUGUAGCUUGUUUCAUAGCCGAAGUAGCUGUUUCACGCGACUUUCUGUGGUAAGAGAAAUAAAACACUUCAGGAUUCAUUAACUAAGUGUUUUACUCCUUCCAUAUUGUGUGUGUGUGUGUGUGUGUCACACAAUCCCAUUCCGUCAUUGUUUCAUCGAUUUAUUGAAUAUU